UCUGACAAGAACGAACAGAAAAGGUAGAGAAAAAGAUAAUCUUGGAGAGAGAAAGAGGGAAUUCUAGAGAGAGAGAAGGGAGGGGCUGUUUGUGAAUUGUGGCGAUUGAAAACCCAAAAGAAAGGUGAGGCGAACUGCGGUGAUCUCUUGGUGUUUCUGUCGUCUUUGUUGGAGGGGUUCCCGAAAUCAACGAUAAGAAGAAGGGUUGGAGAAAGAAGAGGAAUCAGGUUAUGUGAUGGCUUCUAGAGCUGUAGUUCCGGAGCAAGAUAGAGUUGGAGGAGGGAAGCAUAAGAUCGGUCAUGCCGAAGGCAGAAAUCGGCGAGUUCUCGGAGAUUUUGGAAACUUCGUAACUGCACCAACUGUUGAGGGGAAGCCUCAAAAUCUGAUCGCCCGCCCCAUAACAAGGAAUUUUGGCGCACAAUUGCUGGCAAAUGCACAAGCUGCAAAAGAGAAAAACAACAGCAAGAAACUGUUAAUGAUUUGGCCAGAAAAGAUGGUGCUGUGAAACCCGCCGUGCCUCAUAAGAAGGAAUCCGUGAAGCUGAAGAAGGAGGCUAACUAAAAUUCCUUGGCUUUCCUCAACACAUUAAAGAAAGGUAGAUUUCGAUUUGCUGACCUAGAAAUAAAACGAUUGGGAGAUGCGAUUUUACCCUUUAGUUUUUUAACCUCCUUGAUUGUUGUCGGCGAUUUUAGCUUCAUGAUAGCCUCUAUCUUUUCAGAGUUCGCCUCUAUCCCUCGUUUUCUAACCAUGUAGCCUAAGAAUUUUCCGCCACCUACUCCAAACAUACACUUAGCCGGGUUCAACUUCAUCCCAUUGGUCCUCCUUAUAGCGGACGCUUUUUCCAGGUGCAUCAAAUGGUCAUUGGAUCUCAAACUCUUUACGAGCAUGUCAUCCACAUAGGCCUCCAUUGACUUUCCAAUCUGCUCUCUGAACAUCCUAUUUACCAAUCUGAAAGUUCUUCUUGUUGGGGUUCUUGUAUCUGUUCGUCUAGAUCCUUGGGAUGAAACUCUUGUUGGUCCUGUUCUCUGUCCAAAUUUGUAUAUUCUGAUUUUGGACUUGGACCAACAUAAUCUCCGCUGGGAAAUGGUUCUUCUGGAACUCCUGUGGUGGGAUCACUAUUUUGCUUCUUCCUCUUCCUUGGCUCGCUUGAUUCUCCUAUAAUAGUCGGAAAAUCAUUGUUAUCACAACAGAGAGGAGUUCGAUUUUACCUCUCAGUCUUUUCAUUUUCUUCUGGAUGGAUGCUUGAUAACACCAAUCAUUCAGAUUGUCUUUAAGAAAAAACAUUAUUCGCACCAUUGAAUCUAGCUGUCCUUCAGGUACUUUGUAUGAUUGGAUAAACAUUUCCCUCCAUGGACUGCAUAUCUUUGCGAAGAACAUUAGAGCUUUAGAUCUGAAAUUUCUCCCUUAAGAUCUUUGAGGUCCUUGUGUAGAUAGAGAAGGAUAUUAAGAACCUCGUCCACCUUCUGGCCCAAGGAUUUUAUUUUCAUACUAUGUCCAUAGUCUUGAACUGUCUUUUGUAUCUCCCUCAAAUCUUGGGAGAUCUGCGAUGUACCCGGUUCGAGUUCUUUCCAGUCAGUAGUCCCUUUAAUCAUAAUUUUUAGAACUGAAAUUAUAUAGGAAUUUACCCAUUCUAUUUCUCAUGGUUGGAUUCUACCAUGGACUUCAGUGGAGUGUAGACGCCUCACUGCAUUUCCUGGUAGCACUUGUUGAACUUCAAAAAUUCUCCGCCAUUCUUUUUUUUUUUUUUUCUGGCUUGAGAAGUUCUGGAUCAAUCCUGUUUGGACCGUUGUAACACUUGUCUCUUCUUUGUAUUUCUAGAAUCUUGAAAUAUUCCCUGUUAUCAUUGUAA